GAGAGGCAGAAAAGAAGAGUGAAAAUAUAUAGGGAGAGAGAUGAGUAGGGAGACAUUGGUUCUUGUUUCAUUGAUAUCAUCAUGUCUAUGGUCAUUGGUCCAAGGAGAGGACCCUUACUUGUAUUUCACAUGGAAUAUCACAUAUGGCACCCUAUCACCCCUUGGUGUCCCCCAACAAGUUAUUCUCAUCAAUGGUGAGUUCCCGGGACCAAACAUCAACUGUACUUCCAACAACAACAUCGUUGUCAAUGUGUUCAACAACAUUGACGAGCCUUUCCUUCUAACAUGGAAAGGAAUUCAGCAGAGAAAGAAUUCUUGGCAGGACGGAAUGGUUGGCACCAACUGUCCCAUCUCCCCCGGAACCAAUUACACCUACCAUUUUCAAGUCAAGGACCAAAUCGGAACCUACUUUUACUACCCCUCCACCUCCGUCCACCGCGCUGCUGGGGGCUUCGGAGGCCUCCGUGUCCACAGCCGCCCCCUCAUCCCUGUCCCAUUCCCAAACCCGGAGGACGAGUACACCGUCCUCAUAGGCGACUGGUACAUUAAGAGCCACUCCGCUUUAAGAAAGAUCCUCGAUAGUGGCCGGUCGAUACGUAGGCCGGACGGAGUCAUCAUCAACGGCAAGAAUGCAAAGAUGGACGGCAAGGAUGAGCCCAUGUACACUAUGAAACCCGGUAUGGUAUACCGUUAUAGGGUUUGUAAUGUAGGCAUGAAGAACACGCUCAAUUUUAGAAUCCAAGGCCACAAAAUGAAGCUUGUGGAAAUGGAGGGUUCUCACACGGUGCAAAACGUGUAUGACUCUAUGGACGUGCACUUAGGUCAGUGCAUGUCGCUCCUGGUCACCGCCGACCAAGACCCGCAGGACUACUACAUGGUGGCUUCCACAAGAUUCACCAAAUACCAUCUCCAAGGUGCAGCCAUUUUUCGUUACACUGACGGAAAAGGUCCGGCCUCUCCGGCAAUACCACCAGGACCGACCGGGUGGGCGUGGUCGCUGAACCAGUUCCGGACCUUCCGGUGGAACCUCACAGCCAGUGCAGCCCGUCCGAACCCACAGGGCUCGUACCACUACGGGAAAAUCAACGUUACCCGGACAAUCAAGCUGGCUAACUCUCAUGGCGUGGUGGAGGGAAAGCUCCGGUAUGCCGUCAAUGGGGUGUCGCAUACAGACACUGCCACCCCGUUGAAGCUUGCUGAGUACUUUGGAGCGGCGGAGAAGGUGUUCAAAUAUGAUAGCAUCGGCGAUGAACCGCCGGCCGAGGACAAGAUCAAGGUGGUGCCUAAUGUGGUGAAUGCCACAUUCCGGAACUUUAUAGAGAUCAUUUUGGAGAACACUGAAAAGGGAGUUCAGUCAUGGCACUUGAAUGGAUAUGCCUUCUUUCCAGUCGCGAUUGAAACAGGUAAAUGGAGUCCAGAAAAGAGAAGAAACUACAAUCUUCUUGACGCAGUAAGCAGAUACACCAUCCAAGUCUACCCGAAAUCUUGGGCAGCCAUCAUGACGUCAUUUGACAACCCUGGAAUGUGGAGCUUGAGAUCAAUGGCUCUAGAGAGGCACUAUCUGGGACAACAGCUCUACAUCAGUGUUGUCUCUCCUGCGCGCUCCCUCCGGGACGAAUAUAACAUCCCCGACGACGCCACUCUCUGUGGCGUCGUCAAGGGCUUGCCCAAGCCCCCGCCUUACGGCAUCUGAAUCUGAAUCUGAAUCUGAAUCUUCUCCGUCAUGCCAUGAGUCUCUUUGUCGGUGAUAGCACUCGGCGGCAGAAGUUAGGAUAGUACUAGAUCAUGAAAAGGUGUUGCAUGGGAUGGUUGGCCAUGCAAUGUACGUAUCAACUUUGUCACUAGAAAUUUUGUUUUUGUUUUUAUUAUUUUAUUUUAUUUUUAGUUAAUUUUUUUCCUCAGUCCAGCAUCCGGUAUAUAGAAAGGGAUGAACAUUGGCUAUGGCGCUAAUAGUGUCCUUUUUUUUUUUUUUGUAAUGUAUUGUUGUAAUUCAUCUAAUGAAAUUAUUUCUUUGUAAUAACAUAAUGAUGGUGACUUUACUCGACUUUUGAAAUUAUUGUUGUAGAAUUGAAAAUUAUGGUUUUCAAAGUAAGUUUCCAUUUCCAAUUUCCAUACUUUGGAAAUUUGAAAAUUAAACCAAAAAAAAGUAAGGAAAAAAGAUGGGAACAUGUAUCCAAAACAUACCCUAAAUGAAUUUCAUUUUUGUCAGGCACCUUGCGAACUCGAGUAUGUAAUAAAUGCGAAUGUAUUAUUAUCUUAAAGUUUGAACUAGCAUAAUUUACAUUCCAUGGCAUCUUAUAUUCAUGCAAAUUUUUCGAUAGUCCAGUGGUCAGUAUCUUUGGUGAAUUUUAGAAUAUCAAACUUUUACUUUAUACAUCUACUAAUCUAACUUUUAAUACUUUUUACCUUUGAAAAAAAAAAAAAAAAUUGCAAAGGCGUAGAAUCUCCUUCAUUGAAAAUGAUACUAUAUAUAUAUUUUCAAUAAUUGAGGUGUUCGAGUCCUUAUAUAGAUCGUGUAAAAUUCGGACUAUGUAUGCGG